AAAAACUCUCGAAAUAUGUUGAAACUUAAGCUGGAAGCCUUGGAACAUCCAACUCCUGAUAACUUAGAUUAUAAUGAUCGCAAAGUUUUUGCAAGCACAGUUUUAUGGUUGGAAGACCAGAAAAUUCGAACAUACAAAAUCGAAGACCGUGAACCACUGCGCAGAGUAGAUGAUACCGUACAAUGGGAGGCGGCCUAUGAACAAUACAAACAGGAUCUGGGAAUGCCAAAGUUUCAGACACCCCUGGAAGAGCUGUCCUGGAUUUUGAGCUAUGCCAUACGUUUGGAAUUUUUGGAUGCACCAGAAAAUUACAAAGAUCUGAGUGGUGAAAAGGUGGCCGAACAGAGCAGUAAAUCCAUUAAGCCCAGUAUACAAAAUGAAAACUUUUUUGAUAAUAUGGACUUCCAACACAAAGAUUUUAUUGCCGGUGUACGGUCAUUGGCUGCGAAAUUAAAAAUACCUCACCACCCUAAUCAUUUGCUACAGUUGGAGGCCAUAUCUCGUAUUGUUAAGGAACGCAUGGCACCCGAUGUAAGAAAUCGACCUGCUGUUGUUGGCACACCAUUUCCCUUUGAAAAGGGCAAUGACAUUGUCUCGCCCAACGAUGGCAAUCUUGAUUAUCCGGUGAGAAUUUUACGUCUACUACAAAUUCAAAGUUUACGUGAGCUACAAACACGCAUCAAUGAGACUAUUGUUGCCGUACAAAAUGUUACAGCGAAUCCCAAAACAGAUACCAAACUUGGUAAAGUUGGAUUUUAAAGUAAUGAAUUAUUUCUCAGCA